AUGGUAAACUAUGGAGACAGUUUGACAUCGUCACUAAGUAGAUUGAAUACAAGUCGUAUUAGUUUACCGAAUGAGGAUGAUGAUGAAGUGGAUGCUCUUGAGGAUCAUGAGAGUUUCGAUGACACUUAUAGCGAGUACUAUGAUGAGAUCGAAGGCGCAAGGCCAAUCGAUUCAACUGGUCAACAACAACAACAACAAACAUCAUCAUUCCCAAAGUUCAUUAUAUUUGAACCUUAUGAUGAUGUAUCAUCAACAUCAACAUCAUCCGAACAGCAACAACAACAACAACAACAACAACAUCAGGACUUCACAUCACCUUCACACAAAAGAGUUAUAACUAGACCAAUACCAACUGGAUUCCAAUCGAAUGAAGAAAGACUGCGAUUCAAGUCAAUGGUUAGGGAGGAGUUGACAUGUCUGGAACAAAAGGCAACGGCAAUCUCUGGCGAUCAGGAGAUUUAUGGCUUUUGCGAGUGCUCGUUGCUGUCUAAUCACAUGACCACUGGCAACAUGAUAAUCACCUCGCAGGAGCUGUGCUUCAUGCCCAAGGAACAAUCACACACUGGCUACGCGAUGGAGAACUAUCUUAAUAUGAAGGGCGACUUCUUUUGGCGCAAGCACUGGUUCGUGCUCAAUCACGACUCGCUGUCAUGGUACCGCACGUCCGACGCGAAGGAGACCUACUAUCCCAACGGCGUCAUACCUUUGCGCAACAUCACCUCUAUUCAUAAGCUGCCACAAACUGCCUCGCGCCCCUUCUGUCUGGAGAUUGGCACUGACUCGCAGAUCUACGUUCUCGAAGCCGACUCGGAGGUCCAGGUCGACCUGUGGUUCAACGAGAUUGGACGCAUGCAAAAGAACCUCACACUAAUCAUCUCCAUGGCGGACAUUGUCAAUAUUGAGAUGGAUGUCGAGGCCGCCAUGUUCUAUGACUCGAUCUACAUCACAACCAAGCGUGGCGAGAACUUCAUCAUCACGCCCGUCUCCAACCCAGAAGAGGUCUUCAACCUGUUGCAAUACAUCUGGAGUCCAACCUUGACCUCACAUCACAGCGACAGUCUAUCCUCAUCCUUCAAGCUACAGACAAUCGAGUUCCAAAAGAUAUUCAGAUUGAACAAUCAACGUGUUCACAUCAUUGCACACAAGACAUGCCUGUUGUUCAAUGAUGACCUGUCCUAUGAGGGCAAUAUAUAUCUUACGGAUGAUGGACUUUACUUUAGCUCACAGGGUGGCGAGGAUUCGGUUGUGUUGAUCAUCCCUGCGACGGAUAUCACCUCGAUAUCAAUUGAUCCACGCGAGGCUGACUCACCAGAAGCCAUCAAGGUGAUCACAAAGGACUACGAGGUGUUCAACUUUGACCUGAUCGAGGACCACGAACGAUUCUACGACAACACCAUCGAAGCAUUCACCAAGAUCAAUCAAUCAAUCGCACACAGCAAGCAUGGACUGGCUUCACCAACAGAGUCCGCGCCAGUUGAGUCCGCGAAGAAGGUUGGACGUUGGCGUACAUUGACCAGUUUCAUCCCCGUCAUCCCCAAGUCAUUGCCACUUCCAAUCUUUAGAUCAAGGUCCAACAGCAACUUGCUUUCGCCACACACUACUACGCCUCAGAGUGGCAGCACGAGCACAUCGCCAUUGAUGGCAAGUGCGCCAUCUCCAUCGCUGUCAUCCUCCGAGGCCGACAAGACAAUACUAAUUCAAAAGCAGUUGCAACCCAACCUCAUCUCCAAGCUUCACAACGACUUCCCCUCGCUGCCACUCAACGAGAAGAUAGUCAGUCAUCAAUCCUGCACAUUAUACUACUCCUCCACCAACACCUUUGUCGAAGGUCACAUCUUUGUCACCAAGUCCUACAUUGCAUUCUCACCAAACAACAACUACAAUCAAGACACAACUAGUGGAGAUAAGGAUGGAUCCAAAUCCAAGCAUAUGAAGGCUUUGAUACCAUUUGAAGAUGUGGUCAGCGUGAAGAAGGAGCGAUCAGUGGUCUUCUAUCAUUGUAUCAAGGUGAUCACCAGCGAUCACAAGUGGAUCUUUGGUUCCAUCCAGAACUUCUAUGGCCUCUACCAACUGUUGGUGGACACUCACAACAAUGUCAGUGCCAACAAAGAGGAAGGUAUAUUCACGCCAUCCGAGGCAGUCAAGAUCAAGCAUCAACUAGGCCUACCAACUGAUGAACCACUGAUCACAUGGUACAACUGUACAAACUUUAGAGGAGCACAACUCAAAUAUGGAGUGUUGUACAUUACAAAGCACUUUGUAUGCUUUAGAUCAAAGUUUGGUAUUCAACGCAGGACUAUUGUUAUUCCGUUUAACAGUGUCACUCAGAUACAGAGACACUCGACAUUGAUCCCCAAUGCACUCAAGAUCACUACACAUGAGCAAGACAUUGUCUUCUCGUCAUUCUUGCAUCGUGGACAGGUCUACAAUCUGUUACUUGAUCAAUGGAAGAAGAAUAAGGCGGUGCAUGCGACAGCCCCCGCCACCUCACAAUUGCGCACAGCCGUGUCUGGAAGCAAUGAGUUGCCAAUGGCGGCUCCACUGACCCCGCAGAUACCCUCACCCGAGACCAUCACUCCAAUACCGACAAGGUUCAUGAGGAUCACCAUCUUGACGAUUGGAUCGCGUGGAGACAUCCAACCAUAUCUUGCAUUGGCCAAGGCGAUGAAGACGUUUGGACAUCAAGUGACACUGGCCUCACACGAGCUAUAUCGCGACCUCGUAACAAAAGACUUUGGCCUCAACUUCCGUCCAUUGAGUGGCGAUCCCAAGGAGUUGAUGGACCUGUGCGUGCGCAACGGUAUCUUCACUCCCAAGUUCAUCAAGGAGGCGCUGUCGAGGUUCAGACAAUUCAUUGACGACCUGCUCAGGAGCUGCACAGAGGCUAGUCAUGACGCAGAGGCACUGAUCGCCACGCCAGGAUGCUUUGCUGGUCCACACAUUGCCCAGGCGCUGCAAAUACCCUUCUUCCACUCAUUCACGAUGCCAUUCCACAGGACCAGGAUGUACCCUAAUCCUUUCGCUCCAUUUGCCUCUUCACAACUUGGUGGGGUGUUCAACCUUGCCACGCACAUAAUGAUGGAGAAGAUUCUCUGGCAGCCAGUGAGUGGACAGAUCAACCAGUGGCGUACAGAGGUUCUCAAGCUACCUGCAUGGAACUCCUCGGUGGCCAUCACCGAGACCUACAGGAUACCCUACCUCUAUUGCUACAGCAAGCAUCUGGUGCCCAAGCCAAUUGAUUGGGGCGGAGAGGUCUCUUUGACAGGCUACUGGUUCCUGCCAGAGACCAACGACAAGGCCCCACCCGAGACACUGGUCACAUUCCUGGACCAAGGCUCACCACCAAUCUACAUUGGAUUCGGUAGUAUCGUCAUUGAGGACCCUGAUGCCAUGUCAUUGAUCAUCGCAGAGGCAGUCAAAUUGGUUGGACGCCGAGCAAUCAUCUCACAGGGCUGGGGUGGUCUCAAGCUAUCUGGUGACAAGUACCAAGACAUCUACCUGCUCGACCAGCCAGUGUCCCACUCAUGGCUAUUUGAAAAGGUGUCGAUGGUGGUCCACCAUGGUGGCGCAGGUACCACCGCCCAAGGCAUACUCAGUGGCAAGCCAACACUGAUCGUUCCAUUCUUUGGCGACCAGUUCUUCUGGGGCGAGCGCAUUCAAGAGGUUGGCAUUGGCAAGGCGCUGUCGAGCAAGGAGCUCUCUGCCAAGUCGAUGUCUAACGCCAUCCUAUCAGUGAUCGACGAUACAGACGUGGUAUCACGCGUCAAACUACUAUCAACCAAACUGCGCGAUGAGAAUGGACUGAAGAAUGCACUGGACUCAUUCCAUCGAUAUGUCGGAGCGUCCUACAUCCCUCCCACCAAGAUCCCGAUUGGAUCGGUGUCCAACUGCGCCAACUGCAAGCAGACGUUUGGUCUGCUCAACCAGAUGGUGUCACCUCUUCUCCAGACCAGGUUCAACUGCUCCAACUGCGGCAAGGUGUUCUGUGAGAAGUGUGCCAGCAACAAAGUGCCCCUUCCCAAAUUCAGAAUGAACAGUCCGACCAGAGUGUGUGAUCCAUGUCUCCAGUCCUUGAACGUCGCGCAAGGCAUCAGUCCACAUCGCCAAAGCAUCGAUCACAGUCUGCCUGUGAUUGUUGGACAACACCAAUGA